GACUUCCGUCAUGUGCAGUGCAGCGGUAAAAUCCUUCCGUCUAGGUGUUUCGUGGUCAGCAACCUGUGGUUCAGACGUAAAAGCGAAAUUUUUAUUUAUCGAAACACCUGUUAGGUGAAGGUCUCCUGUUUAGAAAUCUUAGAUAAGGCUUUGGAGAGAGCGACAAAGGAAAUGGAUGGACAGAUUUUGCAAGCUGUUUUGGACUCAGAGACAGCGUCUCUGUCUGUUGGGAUGUCCAACUUGUCUGAUGAGAUCCUACUGUGUAUCCUUCAUCACGUUCCAGUGUGUGACCGCCUGACGAAUGUUGCAAUUGUCUGCCGGAAGUUUUACACACUCUGCCACGACAAAACCCUGCUCUCAAACGUCACGUUGUCUGAAGAAUAUCUGGCUGAUGAUCGGUUAGUUCGACACAUCCUGAAGAAGCUUGGCAACAGCGUGCUGUCUCUCAGCCUGAACGGUUGCUACUGGCUGUCUGGUUCCACACUGGAGCAUUUGGCACGCUGCAGAGCAGUAACACACCUCGAUGUGACGGGCUGUCGCAUCAGUUAUCUCUGUCUGUCGCACCUCCUCUCCUCUCUGUCCUCUCUCAGAUCCCUGGCGUUUGAUGUGAGACCGUGCUUUAACUCUGCUUUGCUCAGUUCAAAAGCGGUGGACUCGCUGAGCCGCUUGACGGAGCUCAAACAGACGCUCUUAACACCAAGCUAUGGUGUUGUGCCAUGCUGUGCAAAACUUCGCAAGCUAAUGCUGCAGUUUGACAUCCCAGAUGUGACCAGAGAGGGUGUGGGUGUUAGCUGUCAGUUAAUGGUUGGUCAGAGCAGUGUACCGCAUUACGAACAGCUGGAGGAGUUCACAGCCAGACUGGCUCCAGGAGAGGUGAACCAGACGCUGCUCCUUCUUUACCUGGCGGUGUUCAGUGUUCACAUUCCAAAGAAUCUCAGAGUUUUCCUCGUGUCGAUUCCCGGUCCAAACCCGGUUCACUGGCCGGCUGCUUCCUCGCUGGCUCAAAGUUUGGGUCAAAGAGGAGACCUGGUGGCUCUGCAGCUCCCUCGAUCCUGGUUGGAUUCUUUUUCUCUAAAGCGAGCCUUGGAGGGGAACAGCCCCAAGCACCUGAGCUUUAGCCGUUGCCCCGCUCUGUGGCCGCAGGUGUUCCAGUCGCUUCUGAACGGAGGAGUCCGAGAUGCCACGGAGCUCAUCAGCCUCAACCUCAGCGGCAUCAACCACGUUCUUUACUCCGAGUGCAGGAGCGUAGAAGAUCAGCUGGUUACUGUGACCCUGAGUCAGCUGGCUGAAGUCUGUUCCAACAUUAAGCACCUGAAUCUGAUGCACACACACUACCAUCAUGAACACACACUUGCGCUGGAUGGAGAAACACACCUGUGUACCAGUUUGGGUCGAUUCAAACAGCUGCGCUCUCUCACCCUGCCUGCAUGCGCUCUGUCUGACGGUGUGAACACAAAUCACAUCUCGUCUUGCAGCUCAGCUACCUCCGCGCUGUUUCAGGGACUGAAGAAAGCUCCUCGAGUGGGGCUCCAGAACUACAGACCUGACUCAGAAUCCUCUCUCUCAGGAGACAGCACUUCAGGGCUGUCUUCGCUAGUAGCUGGCUGCCCUUUUUUAGAAACCUUAGAGGUUAUUGGGCCAGGGUUUGUCUCAGCGCUGCCUCGACUCGAGCCCUGCACUCGUGCCAGCGUGGAGCCUCGUGGUAUGUGCGCCUGGGCCAGGGAAGUUGGAGACGCACACUUGGCGGCACUUGAAGCUUUGCCUCAGUUGCGCCGUUUGUCUCUGGCUGGACUUCCUGGAGUUCUCAGAGGAACAGGACUGGUACAACUGGCCAGACGGUGCACAGACUUAAGAGUUUUGUCUUUAGCCAACCUGGGAUCUUUGAAAACUAUGAAUUACUCCCCUGCUCUGCUGGAGACACUGAAACAGUGCACACAGCUGCAGGAACUCAGGUUGGAGCAGCCCUACCUGAAUGCCAACGCGUCUUUCUUUGAAGCCCUGUCCUGCUGCUCUCGCCUGCAGCGGCUCUGCCUCGUCUCCCGCAGCGGGACCUUUGAUGCGUCAGCCGCAGAGAACUUCAUGGAGCGAUGCUGCCAGGUCGUCAUGUGCCACAUGUUCAUGGGAGGCACCUUGGUGUCGUGUCGGAGCCUUCAGAAAGUUCUUCUGAACAGAUUUUCCGCCAAGCGUGGGGCACUCAGCGUGGUCAUCUAUCCUCUACAACAUGAAGACCUGCCAUCAGUCAUCAGAUGUAUUCCAGUCACUCUGCUGGAUCGGAUAACAUUAUUUCAGAGCCAUGUGGCACAGCCGCCCCACUUAUCUCCACUGUGAUGUCACUAUAAACACAGCUAGUAAAUCAAAGGCUCCUCUUCCCUCAGGUUCCUGAGAGCUACAUCGGCAACUCUUUUGCAAGUCAUCAUCAGCCAUGAUUGUUUACAUUCGUGUGAAAUGUAUUCUUUCUGGCCUUUGAGUUUAGUUUGGUUGAUGACAUCUCAUGCAUGGUGCUACUUGUGCAUCUCAGUCAUAACCCACAUUAUUUACACUUUUUAGUAAGUGCCAACCAUAACAAGGAAUGAAAUUGUUUCAAAAUGAUGUAAUAAAUGUAUUCAAGUUUUUUUAAA